GGGACAACAGGUUUUCCUCUUUUUCUAACGGAGAUGUCAUCGCCAGCGGUCCUGAGCCUAUGUAUAAUAUGGAGUCUAUUUGUCGGCUCCAUCUCGUAUACUGAAGAAGUUGUGCAUUAUCACACUUACCCGUACGGAUACAGGAACUCGUACAUCUCGCCGACGAGAGGAUGGCCGCACUCCUGGGAUCGAGCUGGACCGAGCAGAUCAGACAGGCCGAUAUAUCGCAGGGACACGCAAGUACGUCCCUACACGCAGCUGGUGAAGGUCGAGCAAGAGCAGAGCGAUCCUUUGGUGACCAUCAGCGAGACCUUGGGCGCCUUAAACACCGUGGGCAACUAUAUCGUCAAUAUGACGAGGGGCGUCGAGAUCUCGAAUUAUCCGCCCAAGGAACUACCCUCGGCGUUGUACACCAUCUCCAAGAAUAUCUUAGGUCGCAACGUGACAGAUAGCAUCGCACCUUUGGUGCGCGGUGUCGCAUUGCCACUAAGACAAACGAUUACAUCCUCCACAAGUGAAGCACCAGUUCAAGAGCAACAGCAGCAGCAGCAGCAAACUGCGGAAAAACUGUCGAACAGAGACAAGGAGUCCACUCUAUCCGCGUGCACAACGGCCGAGGGUGCACCGGGAAAGUGCCAGGAUCUCAGCAAUUGUCCGCAAUUGUUACUCGAUCUCACUAAGCUGAGGCAAUCUUUGUGCUUUAAGAGUCUAUUCGUGCCAGGAGUUUGUUGUCCAUUGGAUAAAGCUGACAUUCCCUCUAUUCCUAUAAAUGUCGGUGGAGAUGCGAUUUCUGGAACUGACAGUGGACAUUCUCCACGACCACCGAUUCGACCCACGAAACCCCUUACACCACGUCCGAUUCCGUUGUACCCGGUAACGUCCUCGACUAUAAGACCUACGACACACAUCGUUUCAUCGUCAGACUUAUCGAGCAAUAACACGAAUGGCUUCGAAAUGAUCGGAACGAUCGACAACAAUUUUAUUCAAGACGAUGACGAAUGCGGAGUGAGAAAUUCGGGAAAAUACCGUGUGGUCGGAGGCGAGGAAGCGUUGCCCGGUCGUUGGCCCUGGAUGGCGGCGAUCUUCCUUCAUGGUUCUCGACGAACGGAGUUCUGGUGCGGAGGGUCUCUGGUAGGACCGCACCACAUCCUUACCGCUGCUCAUUGCACUCGAGAUCAGCGACAGCGGCCCUUCGCUGCUCGUCAAUUCACGGUACGUCUUGGCGACAUCGAUCUGGAAAGGGAUGACGAACCCUCAUCGCCGGAAACCUACGCGGUGAAGGAGAUCCACGCGCAUCCAAAGUUCUCGCGCGUCGGGUUUUACAACGACAUCGCCGUCCUCGAGCUCACCAGACCAGUAAGAAGGUCACCGUACAUAAUACCCAUUUGCUUGCCGCAGGCGCGAUUUCGCGGGGAACCGUUCGCCGGCGCCAGACCAACUGUAGUUGGUUGGGGCACUACUUAUUAUGGUGGGAAGGAAAGCACCGUUCAACGACAGGCGGUCUUGCCGGUCUGGAGGAACGAGGACUGCAAUGCGGCUUAUUUUCAACCUAUCACCAGCAAUUUUUUAUGCGCCGGUUAUAGCCAAGGCGGCAAGGACGCGUGCCAAGGUGACUCGGGUGGACCACUGAUGCUGCGAGUCGAGGGUCGAUGGACGCAGAUCGGCAUCGUUUCGUUCGGCAACAAGUGCGGCGAACCCGGUUAUCCGGGCGUGUACACGCGUGUCUCGGAGUAUACCGAUUGGAUUAAAAAUAAUAUGAAGUGACACCACACGAGGACAACACAGGAGUGUAGGGAAGAAGCGGUUUAUCGCACAAAAGUAUUUGAGGAAGUUCAUCAAUUCGAUGUUCCAUGUUAAGUAAUGUGUUAAAUGCCAGGAUGCUUUGGCGCAUAAUAUGGAUUUGUAAUAUAUAUGUACUUUUGUUUUUUUUUUAUAAUUUUAAAAAUUCUACGUGAAUUAAAUAACGUAAAGACACAUUUCUGUACAACGAUUAUAAAAUAUCUAUGAUCUUAGAAAAUGUCAAACUGUAACAUAUACUUUAUACUUUAUUGUGUGCCGUCGUUUUUAUAUAAUCUAUUUGAUUACAUUUAUAAAUAUACAGCUUUUCCUCGAUAUUUUCUCAACGUAUGUGUACAUAAAUACAGAAAUAUCUAGCAUCCAUAUCUUUGUCGAACGUACAAAUGUGCUAUAUAUACAUAUAUAUAUUUCUUUGAAUAACUUAUA